AUGGCUUUCAGUACUAACUUGUUUUAUGUAUGCUGUUUGUUUUUCUUUGCUUUUCUCUUCACCAAUCCAAUUAGAUGUGUUGAUGGAGAGGGACCUUUACCUGCCCUAUUUGUGUUUGGUGAUUCAAUUUUAGAUUCUGGAAAUAAUAAUAUCAUCAAUACUACUACUCAAUUCCAAGCUAAUUGGUUGCCUUAUGGUGAAACGUUCUUCAAAGCUCCUACUGGUAGACCUUGUGAUGGUCGUCUCAUAUCCGAUUUUAUUGCGGAAUUUGCUAACUUGCCAUUAAUUCCGGCAUAUUUUGAAAUUGGAACCGAUAAAUUUCUUCAUGGGGUGAACUUUGCUUCCAGUGGCUCAGGUUGUUUAGUAGAAACCAAUCGUGGUAUUGUUAUAGAUCUUCAGACGCAGUUGACACAUUUCAAUGAAGUGGUUCAAUUGUUGGAGAAUAAGUUAGGAAAACAAAAGUCUCAACAACUCCUCACUGAUGCUGUAUACAUGUUUAGCACUGGAAGUAAUGAUUAUGCUUUCCCUUAUCUUACCAAUCCUAAGUUUCCAUUUCCUAAGGAACAAUUUUCACAGAUGGUAUUGGGUAAUUUAACAGCUAUUUUACAGAAAAUUUACAAUAAAGGAGGGAAAAAAUUUACCAUAUUUACGUUGGCCCCUGAAGGUUGUUCCCCAGGUGGAAGGGCAUUUAAUGCUCAAUUAGGAGGUAAAAGUGGUGACUGCAUGCAAGAACUCAGUGCACUACUGGAGAUGCAUAGCAAUGCUCUUCCCCAGAAGCUCACGCAACUACAACAGAAUUUAACAGGAUUUAACUAUACAUUGUUUGAUCUUUACAAACUUUUUACCGAAAGAAUUGAUAACCCUUCCAAAUAUGGUUUUAAUGUAUCAACUGAAGCAUGUUGUGGCACGGGUCCAUUUAAAGGAAUUAAUAGCUGUGGAGGAAAAAGGCAGGUAAAAGAGUAUGACUUAUGUCAAAAUGUGACAGAUUAUGUGUUCUUCGAUGCCAGUCAUCCAACAGAAGCAGCCAACAAGCAAUUUGCUCAACUGUUAUGGAAUGGAACAACAGAUUUCAUUGCACCUCACAAUCUAAAAUCUUUUUUCCAACUUUAGUGUAACUCAACAUUGGCAUUAGGGUAUAUAUACUUUCUUGUAUUCUGAGUAAGAUGUUUUUUCUUACUCCUACCUCCAUCAUUGUAAGUCUAUAUAUACUCAAUUAAAUAGAAGGGCAGAAUUCUGUUUAUAUAUA